AGGAAGCACAGUGACAGAAUGGCUUGUUAUAUCUCUCUAGUGUUCCUUCUGGGCUUCCCUGCCGUGUAUUCUGGCAGUCACACACUACAAUUUUAUGUAGCCGUAUCAUCCACUGCUUACCCAGGCCUGCUGCAAUAUUCAAUCAUUGCGUAUGUGGAUGACGUGCGGUACGGAAGGUACAACAGUGACACGCGCCGCUGUGAGUCUUUGAUUCAGUCUCCGAUGGUAUUUUCUGAACACUUGGAUGGUCAGACCAACAUGGCACAACAAACUGAAAUAACCCAAAAAGUGCUCAUGAACUUAAUUAUUGAUCUUUUAAACAAGACUCAUGAUAUUAAUUACGUGAUUCAAACCAAGGCUGCCUGUGUGCUGCAUGAAGAUGGUACAGUUGAUGUAUACGAAGAGGUGGCUUUAGAUGGCAAAGAGCUCGUAGUGUUUGAUAAAGAGAGAGUGGAGUUUGUACCUGCGACCCAAAAGGCCGUGCUACUGGCACAGUGGUUGAAUAAACAGGCAUUUGCAAUGGAAGAUAAAAUAUUCAUGGAAAAUGAGUGCACUCAGCAUUUGACAUUGUAUCUACCAUAUAUAAAGAGUUACUUGGAUGAGAAAGUGCCCCGUGUUAAAUUGUCAAGCUCAGAGUCAGAGAGCGGCACAGAGCUGCACUGCCGGGUGUAUGGGUUCUACCCCCGAGAUGUGGAAGUGAAGUGGAUAAAGAAUGGGAGAGAUGAGAUUCACUCAGAGGAGGCAGCACAGAUCCUGCCAAACCCUGAUGGCACCUAUCAGAUCAGAGUCAGUGUGGGGGUAACACCAGAGGAGGGCGCCACUUACUCCUGCCAUAUAGAUCACAGCAGUUUGGAGAACCCUCUGAUUGUUCCCUUUGAAACAGAGAUCAAGAAUUCACAUAUUACUUACAUCCUUAUUGCUGUCGGUGUGAUUGUUCUCUUCCUUGCUUUUGGCCUGGGAUUUUUUAUACAAAGAAAAAUGAAAGGAUUGAAAGGCAGCCGGCAGAGUGUGAGCUCAGAGGAACAAGACUAAGAUUCAAGUGCACAGCAACAGAUUUUUUUUGUAACACUCUCUAAUGGGAAUCGUGUGAACUUUAUUCAUCUGCCACUGAAAUGUUAUAAAUGGGCCAAUAUCAAGCACAAAAUGGAGCCUGUUAUAUACAGAAACCUUGUAGAUGGAAGCAAAGAGAACAUACCUCCCAACUGUGCCAAUUUUUGCGGGACAGUCCCUUUUUUAACAGCUCCGCCCACAGUCCCUCAUUUCUCUUUGAUCUCCUGCACUGAACUCUAAAAAAAAUACAAAAUUUCAUGCAAAUACAGUGGGAGAACAUACCAAAAGUGUUAUAAUAAGUGUUUUUUGUUUUUAAAUUAAAUGUAAAGCAAUGCAGCUCUUCUAGCUAGAUUUUGUAAAACUAUUUCUUUAUACAUGAUAUGGUAACAUUUCUAUGAGCCAGGUAAAUGCAUUUUGUGGAUAUAGAGGUUCAUUAUCCCUGUCAUAAAUCAUAACGGAAGUACAAUUUUCAUGUUGCCAAAAUAAAUAUUGCGCCAAUCCAUUUAUCAUAGUCACGUUUCAUUUUGUGGCUAUAACACAUUUUUUUGUGCACAGAAUUUAUUUUGUAAUUAUGAAAAAAUAUCUAAAUGGCCAUAGAAUUUAUUUUACUUUACAAAAUGUUUUGCAUUCCAAAAUGCCUUUUCCUGGGACAUAAUUAAUUUUGUUAAUUCUGAAAUGUGUUUAACCACAAAAGUAACAUUGUCAGCAUAAUAUAAUGCCUGGAUUUUGAAUUUACAAAAUGCAAGCAGUACAACCCACCAGAGACUUUGGGUUUGGGUUCCUUGCCCUAAUCCUACAGCUAGAAGGAAAGUAUUAACCAUAUAAUCAAAAUCAGGACAGGCACUCAAAGAAAUUCCAACCGUGAUGGUUCAAUGAAGUAAAAACAUACAUGUAUUAAGUAUCAGAUGUCCAUAAAAAGCCUGGAAUUGGAAUUUUUGGAGUGUCUGUCCAGAUUUUAAUAAUAUGUAUAAAGUUACCCCUGUGAGGUUUGACAUAAUAUCUUAUAUUAUCAUACUGAUAUAAUCAUUUAUUCAUAUAUCCAUAUACUUUGAUAUACCUUGAAGCUUAUUAUACGCCAUUUUAGAAAGGUAUCUCUAUUUUGUGACUGCAAACAGCAAGGCUCGAACAUCCCACAAAAGUUUGUUUUUCCCAAAAAGUACCCUUGCACGGCUGGCACCUUACGAAAUAUAUGGUUUGAAAUAUAUCUUAUUCUUAUCUGUAUACUGACGGAUCCAUUACUUUUUGUAUACUAAGGAGGGCUCGUUCUAUUUUUAUAAUAAAUUCAUUUGUAUCUGCAUGUACACAAAAGGUAUAAAAGUUAUUAGUAUGUAAGAAUAAAUUGAACAAGUUUGAACUGC